UUUAAGUCUACAUAAACAGUUGAUAAGGCUUUUAUGGAUUAAUGAUUAUUUGUAAUAUUGUUGAUCUAUGAUUUAAAAAAUGUCAUAUGACUGCUAAGGCAAAGAGAUAUAAGACUUCCAGAAACUGACUGGGAUUUGUGAGGACGCUGAAAAAGGCAGAAUUGUCAGAACCUUGGCUCCCAGGGAGAACUGGAGGGACUUGUGGUGACUGAAAUAAGCCAGACAGAAAAGGAUUACAGAUAUAGGUGAAUCUGGGGGCAUCCAAAAAAACAUAAACAAGGUCUUCCAGACCCAUGAGCAGACGGUUCUGAAACAACUGAAUCUUCAGGAAGAGGGAGAUGGCUUCCAGAAGCAAGUGGUUGUUUCUGCUACUGAGCUGUGUAGCCAGCACUGAAGUCCUGGGGUACAUCAUCAUGAGACCCAGUUGUGCCACUGGAUGGUUUUACUACAAGUCCAACUGCUAUGGAUAUUUCCGGAAGCUGAGGAGCUGGCCUGAUGCUGAGCUCGAGUGUCAGUCCUACGGCAGUGGAUCUCACCUGGCCUCCGUUCAUAAUUUAAAGGAAGCCAAAACCCUAGCUAUGUUCAUCAGUGGCUACCAGAAAAACAGGCCUGUGUGGAUCGGCCUCCAUGACCCGCAAAAGAAGCAACAGUGGGAGUGGAUUGAUGGCUCUGAGUACUCAUACAAAGCCUGGUUGGGCAGGUCUGUGGACAGGGACAAGGACUGUGCUGAAAUGAACUACAAAAGCAAUUUUCUAACUUGGAACAGCAGACCAUGCAACAAGCGCCAACAUUUCCUGUGCAAGUACCGACCAUAGAGCAAGAAUUGAGAUUUGCCCACCCUUGCACACUGCCCUUUCCCUCUUCUCUCAGUGCUGGCUCAGUCUGACCAUUGUCUCAGACAGUAAACAUAGCAACUAAAUCAAUAAAAGAGGUCCUCGUUGCACUGACUUUUUAAGGCUUAGAGCAAAGACCCCA